AUGAAUUGUAGUGAUGAGGUAAAGGCAUAUAAUUGCAGUGAAGUUAAACCAGAGCAUCGGGAGAAUAAAGAAACCGUCAUUCUAAAAUCUCAGAUCACUCAGUUACAAACUGCCAAUUCAAAUGCUAAACUAGAAAUCGAGACUUUGAAAAGCGAGAAUUCAAGUUUACGAAAGGAGUGUAAUAAUAAGUCAAGUACAAUAAGCUCAUUACGUGAACAAAUUGCAAAUUUACUUCAUGAAAAUAAAAAGUUAAGCCAAGCCACUAGUAGUAACAAACAUAAUAGUGAAUAUAAUACUUGGCAUGAUGUUAAUUGUGAUUCAUGUGGGCUUCAAAUAAAAGGAUACCGUUAUAAGUGCGGUAAUUGUGCCAACUUCGAUUUAUGCGAUACAUGUAUUGGUUCGAAUCAUAAUUCAGAUCACGUAUUCUUCAAAAUCAAAUAUCCUGUUAAUAUUGACCCACGAAUUAUAUUACUCCCAAGAUUCACUUUUGCACUGACGGAAACUUGCGUACAUACCGAAAUUACUUGCGAUAUUUGUGGAAAACUUCAAAUUUGUGGCAUUAGAUAUAAAUGUGGACAUUGUCAAGACUUUGAUAUAUGUGGGCAAUGUGAACUGAA